AUGGCCAGAUUCCGACUUAGGUGCAUCAUGCGUACACUCACCGCUGCAAGUGACCAGUCAUACCAAUGCAUCUACAAAGAGGAAGAUGACAAGGGAUUUACUGGUGUUAAUCUCUCCACUGAACUGGUGGGCGUCGCUGCAAGAACUGUCAAAGCCAACAUCACGUCCAUUGCGCCUCUUGUACUCCCGCCCUCUGAAAAGCUUUUGUUUGCAGCAUCCUUCGCCGCACGGAAACUUCUCAAUGGGCGGGUCAAGCUAUAUAUCCCUGACUUCCUCUCUGUAUUCCAGCACUUGUGCAUUCAUGCAGGCGGGCGAGCAGUAAUUGAUGGUGUCCAACGCAACUUCAGCCUAUCGGACGAGAAGAUUGAGCCAUCAAGGAUGACGCUGCAUCGAUUUGGUAACACAUCUAGCAGCUCAAUUUGGUAUGAACUGGCAUAUGUUGAGGCUAAGGGCCGCAUGUGCAAGGGCAAUCAAGUGUGGAUGAUUGGGUUUGGCUCUGGGUUUAAGUGCAACAGUGCAUUAUGGGAGUGCAUUCGACCUGUCCACGAUGCACAUGGACCAUGGGCUGACUGCACCGAUCGUUAUCCAGUGCAUAUUCCCUGA